AAAUAAAGUUGACAUAUCUGCUUUCUCAGGCGUACACGUCGCUCUGGAGAGGGAGGCUGCUUUCUCGCCACAUGUCGACACGCUGAGUUGUCUGUGUAUCUCACGCGUUUUCCUUUGUUCCGCGUGUCGCUUUUCUGUUUUGCUGAUUCCUCGAUUUGGGUUUCGUUUAUGUUUCGAAAAUAAGCCCACAUAAGCCCAGAUGCUGAUGAUCGUUGGUGGCCCACGUGAUUUUAGGGUUCUUCUUCGCUCUUCUUCUUGCGGCGGAUGCCUGACCGUCAAAAUUUCACAGAAACUGAACACUCCAUUUGCUACCCGUAACGCCUCACAACUCCUUAAAUCCGAUAUUUAUUUUGAGUUUCCCCUUGAUUAAUCUACUCCUCCUUCAUUAAGAUUUCGGUGCACCUGUUCGUUUUCCUUGAAAUCUGCUAGAUCUCCAGCUAUAAAUAUCUCACUUUCAUACCAUGCAAACUCCAACUCAAACCAAAUCUGCAAACUUUCAAUUUGCAAGCAAACGAUUCCGAUGGCUAAUUCAUGCACUGUUCUUGCUGACUUGAGAGCCGGGAGAUGCUCCAACGUGGAGGAGGUCCGUCUUCUGAGAUUCUGUGAGGCCAAGAACAUCAACAAAAGGGGACAACUGAUGAGCCUUGAGAUGUUAUUGAUUGAUGAGCAUUCUACGCUGGUCCAAGGGUCUGUUCCUGCGUCUUUACAACUAACGUUUAGGGGGCGUUUGACCGAAGGAUCGGUGUACACCUUAAGUGGGUUCGAUGUCACACGCAGCAACCCAAAAUUAAGGAUAAAAAAGAGUUGCCAUAAUGAAGAAGCAGAACCACCAUGCAAGUUAAGCUCUUCCAUUUACUAUGGAGGCCAAGAAAAAAAUUCUUUUACAACGACUACCACCAUAGAUACUGUAAGUCGUAGUCGCACCUAUCAUACACAUAACACCUACGUAGGUAACUUAACAAAACUUAUAUUUUUUUCAUUACAUGUAUGUGUAGUCCCUAUAUGUAUUAGUAGUUUAAAGAUUCUGCGCUUCUUCUUUAUCUUUAACUUAUGCAGUACAAGAGAGAUGGAGAGGAAGGCGAUUCCAAAAGCGCAUCACGAGGAAACUGGUGAGAAGGGUUGCUUUAUUACUAACAUGCACUGCAUGUCAUGCAAUCCUGAAUCUAGCAACUACUAAGGUAUCAAUACUAUUAAAAGGGAAGGAGUCUUAAAAAAUCUACUUAAAAAAGUUAUUGCAUCCUUUAAUUUUUAAACUAGCAUAUUAUAACUAACCAAAUAUUAUAACUAAACUUUAUUAUAGCAACACAAUUUAUGGGACCCAUACUUAAAUUAACUCAAUCACUACUAAUAUGUUUUAUUUCCUAAUUGAUCAUUUAUCUUAACUCAAGCAAAACACACAUAGUUAAGUUACAACUCCCCUUAGCUACACGUAUGAACCAAAAGAAGACAAAAUACAUAUGUUAACCUUAUUACUAAUCAAAAUUAAAAAAAAAAGAUAUGAGUAUACAACAUGUAUUUAUUUAACAUAAGAUAUUAUUUCUCAUAUCAAUAGGUCUAACUCAUUGUAUGUUUCUAAACAAAAGAAAUAAUUUAUCUACAUUAAAAUUGUAAUAGUAUUGAUUAUUACAAAACUUAUAAUUUGAAAUGCAUAACAUAAAUACAAUGUGUUUAGUUUAUAUAACAAAUCAAAUAUUUUAUUCUUUUAUGUACUAUUAUAAAGUAUAUGAGAAGUUUAAUUUUUUUUUAAAGUAUUAUAAGAUUUUCUGGUUUUUGCCGGAUGAGCCGGUGUUGGUUCACAGGUUAAUAACGGGGUUUUGGGUCUUAUGGGAUUUUUAAUUAAUAGGUUUUCAAUAAAUCAAAGUUUUAUGGAAACAUAUUAGUUGGUAGAAUCUCUGAUAGAAUACUACAUGAAGAACAUAAGUCAAUCAUAAUUAUAUACGACAACUGAGUGAGUCCAAAUUGAAUAUAAAAACAUUUCUUAUAUCUUAUCUCAUUUAUAAACCAUUUAUAUACCUCUACUAAAAGAAGUUAAAUCAUUUGUAAAAAUAAAAUGCCUUCUUCGCACCAUUUAAAUGUAUAUACACUAUUAUUUCUCAGCAUUCUGUUUCGGUUCGGUAUUUUGGUUUUUGUUCUGUUUUGGUUCGGGAUUUUGGUUUUGGUGUUUUGGUUCUAGAAAUUUAGAAACUGUUUAAUUAUUUAAAAUUUUGAUUUGGUGUCAGUUUGGUUAUUUUGGUUAAGUAGCAAAGUUGAGAACCGGUAAAUAUGCAAAAAAAAGGUUAAAUUUAAUUUUGGUUUGAUUCUGGUUUUUCCGGUAACAACGGAUUUAUAGAUAAAAAAAUAUCAGACAAUUUAGGUCUUUCAGUUUAAAUAUCUUAUAAUUCAGAUUGUUUGGAUAAAAAUAUCAGAUAAUUCAAAUAUUUUUUUAAUAUUUUGAAUAAAAAUAUAUUCUGUAAUUUGUUUGGGUAAUUAGGUUUUUAAAUAGUAUUUUUAGGAUAUUCAGUUAUUUAGAAAUUGAAUAUGUUUAAUAUUUAUAAUUAUAUAAUUUAUAUUUUUAAAUUCAGGUACCCAUUAGGCUCCCAGUUCGGUAUCAAUAUUUCGGUUCCACAUAUAUAUAUGAUAUGUUCAGUUAUUUAUGAAAUUUCUUUUAAUUUUGAUUUUGAUUUUUUCAGUUUGGUAUGGUUCGUUUCGUAGUUCCGAGUAAAUGUGUCCUCCAAACUUACACUAUCUUAUAUAUGAAUUCAUUAAUAAUAAUGUAAUUUCAAAAAUAAAUCUGCGCUUUCUAAGCACGGGUCAAAAUCUAUUUUACAUAUAUUAAAUGAAAUUGAUGCUCCAUACGCAUUAAGAUCGCAUCUUUGUGGUAAUUUCUUCACCUAAAGAUAUAAAAAAUGAAAUCUAAAUAUAGUGGAUACAAAUAUCAGCUUAUUUUUUGGUGUGUAGUUAAUAUUUUCUUUUAGGCACACAAAUUAUACAAAUGUAUCUCUGAUCCAGUCUUUAUUACCAUU